AUGGCGACGGCCUGCUGCGGCGCGCAGCGCGUGGCGGCGGGCCCCGAGCCGGCGCGCAAGCCGGCGGCCGCGCCCCGGGCGGCGCCGCGGCCGCCUCGUGCCCGUGGCCCCGCGGCGGGCUUCUGGCGCGGGCCCGCCUGGGCGUCACCGGCGCCGCUGGGGCUCGCCCUCGCGCUGCUGGUGGCCUGCCGGGGCGCGCUGCGGCUGGGCGGGCUCCCGGCUGGCGGGGCCGCCGGUGGGCCGCCGGGUGGCGGCGGCGGCGUGUCGAGGGGCCGGCUCCUGUCCUCGGCCGUGGGCGCCCAGGAGGCGGGGGCGACGCUCGACGAGGUGGGCACGUGGGUGUUCUCGCGCCCUCCGCACAGCAGGCUCGAGAGGAGCGAGGCGGUGUUUUGGCUCUUGGCCGGCAUCUACGCCUACUGUGGGCUCGUGGUGGCCGUGGGGCUGUACCUCGACGUCCGCGACUGGAGGUGGCGGGCUGACCGCUCGACGUCGCCACAGGUGCUGGUGCCGGUCCAGUUUUGCUGCAGCCGCAUUCUGAUCCGGCAGAGCUCCCUGCCCAGCCAGAUCGCGGAUCAGUACUACCUCGACGCGAGGGCGCUGAAGCCGAGCAGCGACGCGGACGUCGUCCUCCAUACGCGCCCCACGAACUUCUGGGGCUACGCCUUCAGAUAUGCGAAGGGGUUCGGCGACGCGCUCUCCAGGGAGCACCUGGCCUUCUCUCUGCUUGUCUGGGUGGCCCCUACUUUUCCCAGGCCGAAGCGGUCAUUCCUCGUGGUACUGCACUUGCACGCCUGCAUGCUCACCGCGGCACUGGUCCUCAAUCGGCGCGAGCACGAGGAGCCCCAGGGUACCUACGAGGUGUUCAAGUGUGCCUCGGGCGGCUCGGGCUGCAUGGCCACGUGUCCGCUGGCCGUGGCAGCGGGUGCAGCCCUGCUGCCAGUCUUCCAGAUCUUGCAGAGGCAGUUCAGGCUGACCAGUUUCGUCUCGCAGGAGCACGUCUGCAACUCGCUAUUCCCCCUGGGGACGCGGAAGUUCGCCACCAUGCCGAGGCGGUCGACAUGGGACUCGAUAUGUUGCAGGCGCAAUAGCCUCGAGCGGCAGACUCACAAGAUAGAGCAGCGCAGGCACGUGCUGCACCGAGCCGUGAAGGCGCUGUGGAUGGCGACCAGGCCCUCCGUCGCCGAUCUUUCUUUCUACACUGGGCAGACGUCUUGGUGCAUGCUGUUUGCCGCGAUGUCGUUCCUGGCAGCGGUAGUGUUGUAUUUGGUGUUCUUCACACUUUAUCUUGGGCAAGCGGCCGCGGACCACUUUGGCGUGUGGACGCUCACAAUGCACUUCUCGUCACUACUGCUGGUCGAACCUCUUUGGAUUUUCCUCACCAGAGUAUUCUGGAAUGCGUUGGUGACAGAUGUGGGUCAGUAUUGGGGACUGGGUGCGCAGUCCGUAACCGCUACCACAACGUACAGCCAUCUCGUGAGAAACAUUGAGGAGUCUUUCUUCGGCAAGGUGAAGGACGUCGGCUCUAGGCGAAUCCAGCGCUGGUGGCUGGAUGUUCUGCACAUGCGCCGCUCGAUCCAGCGGGAGACCUUGGCAGCCAUCAAGCUUCAGACUAUUUGGAGGAGCACCUCGCAGAGAGUCAAGCACGGUGGCGGAUUUCGGACCGGAAGUGGUGUUUGAAGGUCGAAGUGCUGGACGCCGACCAGCUGCAUGUGGUGAGCUCCACCGGCGAGCAGAGCCCGCAGGUGCUCCUCAAGUGCGACGCGGGGAACCCGCGCCUGCUGCAGACGGACGUGUCUUGGAACACGGGCGCCUCUGGCAGUUUCCACGAGACGUUCCUCCUCGACGUCAAGAGGAGCAGCUCACUGUACGUGAGCGUGUGGGCGAAGGACGUCAAGGAGACGGAGUUCAUCGGGCGGGGCCUCGUCGUCUUCGACAGGGUGAAGAGCAGCCGCAACGAGCACGAGGAGCCGCGCAUUCUGAGGGUCCCCCUGCACGCUAUGGAGCACGGGGAGCAGCCGCGGCCCGAGGAGCCCCCGCUGGGCUUCGUGAACCUGCGCGUCCAGUUCCUCAACCCGCUGCAGGCCUGGGCGUCGACCCAAAAACGGUGCGUCGGCGAUGCCGUGGGCCGUUUCCUCGUUCCGGCCUCGGUCUACGCGACGGAGGCGGACCGAAGGCAAGACUCGGGAGCGGAAAAGAGGGGGG